AUGGCCGCGCAGGCCAAGCGGAUCGUUGAGAGCAAGGUCCUCACUGCCCGUGCUGAAGGCGAGUCCGCCAAGCUGAUGCGUCAGAUCUGUUUUCAGGUUGCUGAUAUUCUUUCCUCUGCUCUGGCCAUGCAGAAUCGAUAUCGUGAGACUAUAAAAUCGAUGGUCAAGUCUGCCAACAAUCGGUGUUUGUUGAGUUGA